UCAUAGGCAGUACCCGCCUAGCCGCACCUGGGAGAAGCUCGGGUUGGUCUCUGCUAGCAAAGCAGUAGGACGUUGGGUGGUGGCUGGAGAAGGAGGUCUGUGUGGCAGGCUGGGCAGCUAGCUGGGCAGCAGGAGGCGGUGCUUCCCCGCUGGGGCGGACUUGGGCUGUGAGUAGCUCCAGGCCGCCAGGGCAGACGCCUUCGUAGUGCUGGCACCCAUUUUGCCCGCCCGCUGAUGAGAGCCGGGCGCGGCCUACAUGCGUCACGGACAGCUCUUUGAGGCGACUUCGCCGCGAAUAAGGGCCUCUUUUGAAAGUCGGUCCUAAAACAGUUAAGGUUUUGUUUUAUUUUGUUUUAUUUCCAACUCACAGCCCUUGGACCACUUCCAGCUGCUGGCCUGAACCUCCUACCUUCAGUUCUAGUGACCUCGGCUCGGGCUGCCCCUUGGUUCGUCCUAGGCUCACAUCGCGAUCCCUGCUUGAGUGUCCCGGGGUGGGGGACCUGGAAGUUUUAGCCUAGCUGUGCUGGAGGCGGAAUAAUUAGUCCAAGAAACAUUUUAUUCAUUUUUCUGGAUAUGCCACAAAAGGAUCCUUGCCAGAAACAAGCCUGUGAAAUACAAAAAUGUUUACAAGCCAACAACUAUUUGGAAUCGAAGUGUCAGGCUGUCAUCCAAGAACUUCGUAAGUGUUGUGCUCGAUAUCCCAAAGGAAGAUCUCUUGUCUGCUCAGGAUUUGAGAAAGAAGAGGAACAGAACUUGGCAAUGAAGUCUGGAUCCAAGUAAAGUUGUACUGAGAUGUUAAAUUCUGCUUCAUGUUUCCCUCAAGCUUGUUUUAUUUACUGUCCCUCCUUCAAGCUAGGUAGCAGCAAAUGGCAAAUUAAAAAGUCAAUUGUAAGAAUUAGCAAA